AUGACCCUCAGCACCGAUUCUUCUCCGUUCCAGUCGUCGCCACUAGAUGGCACCACAUCUCCACGCUUGUUCUGGCAAAACCGGAAUUCCCACAAGAGCAGCAACAGCGAAAACGACCUGUAUGGCGGCCGUUCUGGAUCGCCGUCGCCUGUUCGGCGCUCCUCGAUUGAGCGUCUGCAAAGAGCUUCGCGCGUCAAAAACAGUACCAUGUUUGCGCGCGAGCAGAAACAUGAGUAUGAUCCUACGCGCCUGCCAACCAUCGAGCGCCCACUAGCCAAGGUCCAAGGCAACGCGUACGGCGGUACAGGCCGCCCCAACUUUCGCCCUAGUCACGGGCGCAGUGAGAGCGAGACGAGCACCUCCCUGUACAGCCCGUCAAGAUUCCUCGUCAGUCCGACGACCGCUGCCAGUGGUCCACGAACUCCGAGCAAGGACCAAGCCUCGCCCAUGAAAUCUUCACUAUCGAUGGCGCGUUUCAAGAGCAGCAACGACUCCCAGUCUCUGGAUUUCUCCGCCGACAACUCCUUCGACGAGCGCGAACUUCCCCAGGGCAAGGCGCUGCAUCGCAACAUGAAGAGUGUGACUUUCGAUAACGGGCCACCUCAAGUCAACGAGUACGAAAUGGCAACCCCGGAUCUGUCCUCCAUAGGGACCAACUCUCGGGAAGGCAGCUACGAGUCUGACGAGGAUGAUGACGACGACGAGUACGGCCUCUAUCCAGGUGAAGACGGGGAGGCUCAGGACGACAGCUUCGAUGCCACUCUAGAAGACACGGACAAGACUCCUGUCGUGGGCCCAGACGACUGGCGGCAGCAAGACCCGUUUGAGAGUAGCCCCAUGCCCGAGCGGGCUCCCUCCCAACCAGCCGCGGCCAGGCCCCAGCAUGGUCGCACCGAUUCAUCCACGUCGAGCGGUGACCACCGUCCACUCCCUCCUUUGCCCCCCAUGGGUCUUACCAGAACACAAUCGCCAUCUUCGAACGGGCUCUCUGCCACGGCCGAACGUAUGCAUGGUGUUCGCCGAGACUUGCCUUCCCCUCCCGCCGCCGCUGCCAGCAAGUCGGAGAUCCAGAACAUCGGCAAUGGCAAGAUGUCAUUGGAGGAGCGACUGAAGCUCAUGAUGCUUUCCGACGAAACCAGCCCCAAGGCGGCCGACAAGUCAGCCAAGUCCUUCACAGACAAGGCCUUCGCAGAGCAACAGCGGGAACGUCGCAUGAGACGGGCGGGCGCUCGCGAUAGAGUUGGUAGCCCCACCUCAGACCAUGACAUGGCAGACUCCGAGGCAGGCGAAGAAGAUGACGCACUUGGCGACCUCUCUGGUCUUGACAUGGACUACCAGUUCCCAAGCAUCUCUAGACAGUCCAUCAUGAAACGCGUUAACGGCAACAAGGACCUGGAGAUGGAGUCAGACUUCCACUUCAACUCGUCCCCAGCUCCUUCCAGCUCCGAGCGACGCACGCCCUAUGAUCCGGACGUCCCCAUUGCUAGUAUCGAGGACUCGAUUCUUGAGGAUGUUGCCGAGAAAAGCGAGGACGAAUCUAGUGUUAUCAUCAAAGGCACUGACGACGAGAAGGAUGAUGUCUAUGAUCUCUACGGGCGAUCUGAGGAUGAUCAUUCGGAAACGGAAGAGACCGAAAGGGAUGAUGACGACGACAGUGACAGUCAGUACUCGGAUGAAGUUGAAAAGGCUCAAACACAGUCACCGGAAGAUGAUUCUGUCACAACUCCCCGUGCAGCUACCUCCCCAGCAGAGAUGAGUAUCACAAACUUCAGCGCCACGCUCCCCCAGGUGAACACCAGCGGUGCGAAGGACACCGACUUUACCCGCAGCUUCCAAUCAUACAUGCUUCCUAAGCCAAAGGAGUCUGAUGCUGUCAUUCACACUGAAAGCCAUAAGUCGUCUGAAGCGCAACGGUACUCGCAGAGACCUCGUACUCCGGACCAGCCCCUAUCGAAGCCCGAAUAUGACGGCUCAGGAUGGGGCGAGCCCGACGAGGAUGAGGAAGAGGAGGAGGAGCCUGGCACGCCCGAGUCUGUGAUUCACCACCCCGUCUCAGACGAUGACUAUGAGGACGAGGAGGAGAAUGAAGAGGAGUACCCUGAGGAGCAUCACGGGGAGCAUCAUGAGGAGGAGGAGGAGGAGGAGGAGCACCCUGGGGAGCACCAUGAGACGCAUGAAGAGGAGCCUCGAACGGAACCUCAAGAGGAGCCCAAAGAGGAGCCGCUAGAAUGUCCCGAGGUUCCUGAGCGAGUCGCCACUAUCAAGAGCGCUUCGGGCUCCAAGUUGAAGACGCGACCUUCUGCUACUCCUUCUGACCUAUUGUCAAUGAGGGAAGCCCGCCGACACGUCAGCCACGAAGUAAUGAUGCCAGAAAUCCCCGCGAUUCCUGACCGUCAUCGAAACCGGCUUUCCCGAGAUUUCGACACCGAACAAACUGAUGCUCCAAACGGCAACUUCUUGGACCGUCAUCCCAGCUUCAAAAAGCGCAGCCUGACUUUAGAUCUUGACUUGGGCCUCAGCCUUGAUCAGGACUUUGACCGCGUCAUUGAGGCACAAAAGGUGGCAUUCCAACAACUUUCCUUUGCAAACGAAUUCCUGGCUGCAAGUAGCAGUCCCACUAGACAAGUGUCUACAUCCCAAGUCGUCGUGGCGACGGAUAAGAUGCCCGGACGUACCCCUGGCCGCAAGUUAUCUACCGAAGCCCGACUCAAUGCUAACAUCACCGCUCGUAAACAGCGCGGUUACCUCAUGCGCCAAAACACGAAGCUGGUCACAGCUAGCGACAAGCAAACAGAAGACGCCAGAGAAGGCACCCGAUCGGCGGGAAAUUCGCCUGUCAAGCAGACAGCACGUCCGCAGUCGUGGACGGUCGAACCGUGGAAUGGCAGGCCGCGGCAGCGAAGUAUCAAGAAGAGAAGUAUUCCUAGCAUGAGUGGGCCGGUCCCGCCUGUGCCUGGUCAGGAAACUAACGCCACCGCUCUCUCGACCAUGCCUGAGGAGACGCAACCAGAACUCGCAACCGACGAGUGUGGCGAAAGAGGUCGAUUGUUCGUGAAAGUUAUGGGCGUCAAGGACCUUGACCUGCCUCUGCCCAGGACCGAACGAACAUGGUUCAGCCUGACGUUGGACAACGGCGUUCAUUGUGUCACAACUGCUUGGCUGGAGUUGGCACGCAAUGCGCCUAUCGGUCAAGAAUUUGAACUCGUCGUCCCCAACGACCUGGAGUUCCAACUAACUCUCAACGUCAAACUAGAAAGGCCCGAACCUCAGCAUGAGCCAUUGUCUCCGGCCAAAGCAACCAAGGUGGCGAAGCCGAAGAUCUCCACGUUUUCCCGUGUGUUUGGCAGCCCCAAGAAGCGCAAGGAGAUGGAGGCGCGGAUGAAGGCCGAAGAGGAGGCUUACGCUUUGGCCCAACGCGAGGCAGCGACGAGACAAAGGAAGGUCGCGCCCUCGGCGUGGGAUCUUCUGUCGCCCUUGGCCGCUGAGGAUGGCAGCUUUGCAAGGUCCUAUGUAUGCCUCAAGGAACACGAGAGCCGCUGCUACGGACGACCGUACAUGGCCGAGAUAGCUGCCUUCAACGAGUGGGCCACGGAGGAACCCGGUUUCGCAAGCAGCGUCAAGAGUAAGCGCGCAGGAGCUGGCAGCGCGGUUGUGCGCCGUGCCCCUUACAAGAUUGGCAAACUGGAAGUGCAGCUCUUGUUUGUCCCCAGACCCAAGGGUGCGGGUGACGAUGACAUGCCCAAGAGCAUGAACUCGUGCAUUCGCGAGUUGAAGGCCGCCGAGGAGAGAUUGAGCCGUAACUGGGAAGGCCAUCUGAGCCAACAAGGGGGUGAUUGUCCUACGACUAACGAACGCUACCGGCAGUACUGGCGCCGCCGCUACUUCAAACUUGUUGGACAGAAGUUGACGGCAUACCAUGAAGCUACCCGCCAACCUCGCGCAACCAUCAACUUGUCCAACGCCAAGCGCCUUAUUGAUGACCGCCGCGCACUGACUCAACCCGAUACGACUGUUCGCGCCGGCAAGCGUCGCCGCUCUGCCUUCGCCGAGGAGGAAGAGGGCUACAUGUUCGUCGAGGAGGGUUUCCGCAUCCGCUUCAACAACGGCGAGGUCAUCGACUUCUACGCUGACACGGCCGAGGAUAAGGAAGGCUGGAUGAAAGUACUCGGAGACGUGGUUGGUCGCGCCAGUGGCGACGACGAGCCUGCUCCUGGCACUGCCAACAGCCGCAAGAAGUGGUGCGAGCUCGUCCUUAAGCGGGAAGAGGCGCUUCGCAAGCGAGCCGAGGGCAAACGGGUUCAUUCGCGAACGAAAAGCAUGAUUGUCUGA